CCGCGGAAAAUAUCAGUGCGCGUUUGGGCUGCAGAGCUUUUUACAGAGCUUUUUGAUUGGCUGUGGAGAGACGUCACUCCCUCCGCCGUGACGUCGCUGUUUACAUAAAGAGAUGAGUUCAAGCUGGCAGGCAGAUCGAACUGCAUAUCCACCAGCCAAACAUGAAGGUCCUGAACAAAGAUGAACUAAAAGUUGCUGAAGGAGCUCUGUUCAAACACCUACCAAAAAGUUACAAGGUCUAUGGCUUCCUCUAUGGUAUUAACAGGAACAAACCAAGUACACUGGAGGUGAUUGUUGAUUCAUGGCCUGAUUUUAAGGUCAUCAUUUGCAGACCUGAUCCCAAGGUCAAGCUUGCACUGCAGCUCAGGAAAAAGGUGUCAUGCUUCAGCACGGAUGCACAGGUUUUAAAGGAAUCGUUUACAGAGGAGAAUGUACUUGACUGGAGUACAGAUUUCACGGUUGGAGGACUCAACAAAUCCAAUGAGUCCACACUCAUGGAGGUGUCUUCUAUCAGACAAGUUUCCAUCAGACCCUUUACAUUGGUGCAUCUUCUGUAUUUGGCAGACAGCAGCCAUCUUCUCACACCAACAGUCGGCAGUGAGCUUGAAUCAAGGAUCUCAUCUCUAAACCUUUCCCACGUUGACUUGGUGAAUAAAACCUGGAAAUUUGGAGGAACCGAGCAAGGUUACAACACGAUUAAAUACUACAUUGGCAACUUUCCGACAUGCUGCAUCACCGACAGACAGGGUCGGCCUGUGUGCUGGAUCCUGGUGUAUGAUUACUGCGCGAUGGGCAUGUUGUACACUCUUCCAGAGCACAGGGGGAAAGGAUAUGCAAAAAUCCUUGUCAGCACCAUGGCCAAGAGACUCCAUGAUGAAGGCCAUCCAGUCUACUGCUUCAUAGAGGAGGAGAGCGUGGUCUCCUACAGGCUUUUUAAAAACCUGGGCUUUACUGAAGAUCCUUCAUACAGGGCGCAAUGGUUUGACAUCAACAUUUGAUUUCAAAAGUUAUGAAUGUUUAGCUGAUACACUGUCACAGGAACUUGUAUCUGUAUGAUAAAACAGGAAUGGAUUGUAAUGGUAAAAUAAGGAAGUUGUUUAAAAACACUUGCUGUCAAUGCUGUUGCAUUUUGUGCUUUUUAAAGAUUCUUGAAAUAAUUAUAAUCUUCAAGUUUAUGUAAACUUUUACGGUUUCUCCAAAGCUAUGCAUCCAGAUGUGGAUUUUAAUAAUAAUAAUAAUGAGGGACAUACUGUAAAUAACAUUAUUUCCUUUUUACAGCAGAUUUGUCAAAUAAAAGUGAUCUAUCCAUCCA